GCUUGAGUUUUGUUUGAAGUGAACUGCUGCCUGGAACUGCCCUACAAGCUGCAAAGUCGCUAAGCAUUUGAUUUUAACUGUUAAUUUUUCACAUUUCCUCCAUAUUUUUUAGUGCCUCUAUGCAUCGUAGAGACGAUGUUAGGCCAUCACUAUCCAAAUGCCGACAAGUCGCAACAACUGGUCAACUAUGUGGAGGAUUAUCUGGAAUGUGUGGAGUCCCUACCUUUGGACAUACAAAGAAAUGUUUCUCUGCUUCGAGAAAUUGAUGCAAAGUAUCAAGAGGUACUGAAGGAGGUGGAUGAGGUGUUUGAGAAGUACAAAGGUGAGCAGGAUGCAGCUCAGAGAAAACGUCUGCAGAUCCAGCUGCAGCGGGCGCUCAUCAUCAGCCAGGAACUGGGUGAUGAGAAGAUCCACGUGGUGACCCAGAUGACAGAGCUGGUGGAGAACCGCUCCCGCCAGAUGGACUCCCACUCCCUGUGUCUCCAGGAGCCCAGUGACACCGAACGGCUCACCACAGAGCGUCGUUCCAGUAUUCAAGAACCCCCAGCCCCUGAGCGCGCCUCCACCCGGCGCCCACGACGCCAGCGCAACAGUGAAAGCCGUGACUCCAGUCACCCCUCGGCCAACGGCUCUCUGGUGGAUGACCCCUCAGAGGAGCUGUCCAUCCCUCCUCCUCGGGAGAAGAAGUCCAAGUCUGCAAAGAAGAAGAAACGCAAGUCCAAACAGGAACGAGAUGCCUCACCAGUUGAAUUCGCCAUCGACCCUAAUGAGCCCACCUACUGUCUCUGCGAGCAGGUGUCUUAUGGUGAGAUGAUUGGCUGCGACAAUGACCAGUGUCCCAUCGAGUGGUUCCACUUCUCCUGUGUGGGACUGACCUAUAAACCCAAGGGCAAGUGGUACUGCCCCAGAUGCAGAGGGGACAAUGAAAAGACCAUGGACAAAAGCCUAGACAAGAACAGAAAAGAUCGCCGGUCCAGGUAGUGACCUUCAUCUUGAAGGUCUCCUCAGCCUGAGGUUAGGACUGUUGGUCGUAGUUAAAAAAAAAGUACUUGUGAUGUUGUAAGAGCACAAUCGAACACCAUUAGUAGCAGCGCUUAUCGUUAUUGCUGUUACAUCACUGAUUGUUCCCACUGGCUAUGACUGCACUGUAGUCUGUAGGGAAUCCAGCUGCUACAAGAAUCAUCAGCUUGAAGCUGCCAUCAUCCUCAAGUGUUCUACUUUUUGUGGGACUUUUUUUUUUACUUAUGAGGAAAAAAAUGAAAGCAUCAUUUGGUUUACUAUCCCUUUGAAUCGUGGUCAAAGUCCUAAUAUAAAAUAAGGUAUUCCUGCUAAUGACCAUUAAUUUCUUCAGUUUUGGCCAAACUGUUUUUGUUAAUUUACCUUUCUUAACUAUACUCAGUUAUUUGAAAUCUGCAUCUGUCUUUAUACAGUAAUGGCUUCUAGAGAAUAACCUUCACAUGUAAUAUGUUUACAAGAGAUUGAUAUUUACUUGAGAUGAUUGUUGAUGGGACACUGGAAUAGGACGUCAUGUUUGUGGACUUAACGUUUUCACUGGUUCACUAUCACUAUUGUGUAAAUUUCUUUUUAUAUUCAUUAAAACAAAGUAUUGUCAUUCA